ACUAGUUGCAAGAGAUAGCCUCUCUCUCUCUCUCCCCUCGCUCACUCGUUUUCUCUUCAACUCCUUCAAGAUGCGCUUCUCCACCGUUGUUGCCGGCCUAACGGCUGCCGGGUCCGUGGCAGCCAUGCCGGCCAGCAGUCAACAGCACCAGCGGCGGCAGGACGACGACGCCGCGCCGGCGCCGCACCCCAACCCGUUCGAGGGCCGCAAGCUGACGGCGAACCCGGAGUGGGCGGCCAAGGCGCGGGAGGCGCUGUCCUACUACGAGUCCAAGGGCGACGCCGCCAACGCGGCCGUGGUGCGGGCGGUGCAGCAGACGGGCACCUUCGCGUGGGUGUCGAACCGCGCGUCGCUGCCCAACAUCGACCGGGCCAUCCAGGCGGCGCGCGACGAGCGCGGGCGCACGGGCAAGGACCAGAUCGUGGGCUUGGUGCUGUACAACCUGCCCGACCGCGACUGCAGCGCGGGCGAGUCGGCGGGCGAGCUGGACAGCAAGAAGGACGGGCUGCGGCUGUACCGGGAGACGUACAUCAAGCCGUGGAAACAGAAGCUCGAGGCGGCGCGCGACGUGACCUUUGCCGUCGUGUUAGAGCCCGACUCGCUCGCCAACCUCGUGACCAACAUGGGGGUGCCCUUCUGCGCCGAGGCGGCGCCCGUGUACCGCGAGGGCAUCGCGCACGCCAUCGCGGCGCUGCAGUACGACCACGUGCACCUGUACGUCGACGCCGCGCACGGCGGCUGGCUGGGCUGGGACGGCAACCUGGCGCCGACGGCCAAGGAGUUCCGCACGGUGCUGGACCUGGCCAUCAAGGAGACGGGGAGCAACAGCACGCGGAUCCGGGGCUUCUCGACAAACGUGUCCAACUACAACCCGUUCCGGGCCAACCCGCGCGAGAACUUCACCGAGUGGAGCAACUCGUGGGACGAGGACCACUACGCAAAGUCACUGUCGACCCACCUCGAGGCCCAAGGGCUGCCGCCGCGCUUCAUCAUCGACCAGGGCCGCGUGGCCGAGCCGGGGGCGCGGGCCGAGUGGGGGGAGUGGUGCAAUGUGGCGCCGGCCGGGUUCGGCAUGGCUCCCGGCACGCCCGUCGACAACCCGCUCGUCGACAGCAUCGUGUGGAUCAAGCCUGGCGGCGAGUCCGACGGCCGCUGCGGCUACUCGGGAGCCCCGGCCGCGGGCGUCUGGUUCGAGAACUACUUCCGGUUACUGGUCGAGAACGCGCACGAGAGCGUGGGAGCGAUGGCGAGGAAGCUGAAGCUGAUUUAG